CAGCUGGAGCGAUCCCAUUUCUUGGACGGACUAUGAGUAAUAAUGACGCAUCCGGCAUCCUUUAAUGGGCUUUAGUUAACCCGGCCCCAAACGCCUAUCUGGAUUCUCUGCUGGAGCUGAAAUUGCUCAUUAAGAAGGAGAUAUGGCAGGAUCUUUCAACAUUUUACUUUUAUAUGUCUUGUACAUAGCUGCUUGUGGAAACAUGCAGCUCGCCUCCAGCACCGGGCACUGUGAAAAGUCUCCCAAGGUCCUCAUGGCUAGGCAAGGCGAGAUCCGGACCACCCCCCACCAUAGCUGGCUCUCCCGGCAACUCAACUGCACCUGGCUGAUCACUGCGUCCGUGGGAGAGCCUGUCAUCCUCAGUUUCUCACAGUUCAUAGUGCCAUGUGGGGUGGAGCGGCUGUCAGUGACUCCUGCAAUCGGCAGCCCUGUUUCCCUCUGUGGAUCCCAGAUCCCGCGGCCAAUGGAGCUGUUUGGGGGAAAUAUUUCUUUGACGUACCAUUACUUCUCGCACGUGUACCUGUCAUCGGGGUUCCAUCUCUCCUACAUGCGAGCAUCAGGCCCCUGCGCCCCGGAUGAGUUUGAGUGUCUCAGUGGCCGCUGCUUGCCAUCCGCCUGGCGCUGCAAUGGGCGCAGUGAAUGCCUGCUGGCUGGAUCAGAUGAGAAAGGCUGCGAGGGUCUCGCUGAGCUCUCCACGGGGACGAGCACUGGGACCACAGCGAUGGGCCGGCAGUCCAAAACUGCCCAGGAUGGAGCACGAGUGGAUGGAGACUUGCGAUCACGUGGCGGUUCUGUGCCCAGUACGCGUAUCACCCCAGUCCGUGCCCCCGGCGGCCCCUGCGGAGGACUCCAGAAGGGCUUCUACGGCUGGUUCUCUUCCCCGAUACUGACUGGGCCCGCUUUGCUCUGUGUGUGGACCGUGGAUCCUCAGGACCCCCGGCCGCUGCGCUUGGACCUGCAGCUCCUGGAGCUGGGCCCAGGGGACACGCUCACUGUCACGGACCAGCCUCAGAGCCAAGGGAACAUCAUCAAAACCAUUACCUACGCAUCGAAUUACAAGCCAGUGCAAGUGGUGUCCCGGACGGGCCUGAUCUCCUUGACCUAUCAGACUCAGCAACACUCGGAGGGGCGGGGCUUCAAUGCCACCUACCGCAUCGUGGGAUACUGCCUUCCCUGGGAGGGCGUGUGCCGCGGGCCAGCAGGCGGCUGCUACACACCUGAGCAGCACUGCGACGGGCACUGGGACUGCCCUGAGUCCGGCUCCGAUGAAGAUGGCUGUGGGGGCUGCCUGCAGGGCUUUUUUCUGUGUGGGGGGGCUGCAGCGCAGAGGCCUCCCGGGCACUUUAUAAGCCGGCCGAUCUGCUACUCCCCCAAAGAGAGGUGCAACUACCAGCUGUACUGCGCUGAUGGCAGUGAUGAGAGAGAGUGUACCGUCUGUCAGCCUGGAACCUUCCACUGUGACACUGACAGGUGUGUUUUUGAGAGCUGGCGAUGCGAUGGGCAGAUGGACUGCAAGGAUGGUGUGGAUGAGAUGAACUGCACAAUGACCCUUCCUCGCAAGGUCAUCACCGCGGCAACAGUGGGCAGCCUGGUCUGCGGGCUGCUUCUGGUCAUCGCCAUGGGCUGUACCUGCAAGCUGUACUCCCUGCGCACACGAGAGUACAGUAUGUUUGCGCCAAUCAGCCGACAGGAGGCGGAGCUCAUCCAGCAGCAGGCCCCACCCUCUUAUGGACAGCUGAUUGCGCAGGGAGUCAUACCUCCAGUCGAAGACUUCCCCACAGAAAACCCAAAUGAGUCCUCUGCGCUUACGCUCAGAGGAAUCCUACAGCUCCUCCGACAGGACCCUGGCUCCUCCCCCAGACGUAGGCGACGACCCCGGUUUGUCCGGAGGGCAAUUCGACGCAUGCGAAGGUGGGGUCUGAUCCCCAGGUCUGUGCCAAGGGCCACACAGCCAGCAAACUCCUCCCUCCAGCCGGUAGAGGAUUCUCCAGCUGGCUCAGAGGCCAGCCAGCCUGGUCCCGGGGACUCCACCUUGGCAAGUGACGGUGUCCAGCAGCCGCUGCCUCAAAAACCGGGCCUCCUUUCCCAGGCAGAACAGCCAGCUCUAGCUCCUCCACCCCCGCCUCUGCCAGUCCAGGCCCCGCCUCCUCCCCCAGAUCCUCCCUCUGCCCCACCCCCCAGAAGCCCUCCACUGGUUUCUCUCUUACACUCCCUUGGGCUCAGCAUCUCGCUGUUCCGCUCUGGGGGUGCCACACCCACCUCCAUCACGCUCUCGGCUUCCCCCUCCUCUUCCGAAGAUGAGGUCCUGCUUAUCCCGCUCUCUGACGAUACUCCCUCAGAGGAAGAUGUGCCUAUGCUCACUUGAGCCCGUUUGCCAUUCCCUCCAGCCCCAACUAAAUUAUGACCCCAGUAGAGAGCACUGCAGGAAUACUCAAAUUUGGCCCACCUUUCUGUGGGUCUAGUGCCUUAAUCUGAUUGGGCUGUUUUUUAUAUAAGAAAUGUAUAUUUUGUGAUUUGUUGUAUGAGUUUAUUAACCUCCUGCAGAGACUGAACCGAAUGGUUUUUUUUGCGUGAUGGUGUAGCAGAAAGUAUGCUUGGCUUAGGUGAGCCGUCAGUGAUGAUCACAUGCUGAUGUGGUGGCCGGUUUUGCACAGAGACCGUCUCGUCUUUGACCUCCUUUCUGGUUUCCGUAAUCUGUUCUUGACAUGGCAUGUGUCCCUGACAUUCUUGCAUUCAUAAAAAUAUAUCUAGUUUAGCUUUUACAUAAUCUGAGAACUGCUUGUUUUUACAGAGGAGCACAAACACACACCCAGUUUCAAACAGUGUUCUUCCACACAGAGAAAUAGCAUGUAAAUGGCAAAAGGCCCUGUUUGUGAGCUCACUCAGCCGUGUCCCUUUACAUCACUAAUCUCCUUGUAAGGCUCUCUCCUGCAUCUUCGUUUGCCUUAGAGUCAGUGCGUAAACAGGCUGGCCAAAAUACACACAAGACUAGGGGAUCGUCUUUGAUUAAAGUGUCUUUCUGUGAAGCGUCCGGUUCUGUGCUGUACUGGUUACUGUCCCAUCAGUUACUUGUUGCUGGCAAUCAGCACUUUAAAAUUGCACUGGUGCCACUGGCUUUGGGGCAAUAAACCGCAAUGCGUGUGCUGAGGAAGUGCGAGAGUGAGAGUGUGUCCUGUUAGUGAGAGCUUUGACAUGGAUGUUCACCCAGACACUCGAGUGCCUGAGUUCUUGACGUCCCACUAUAGGAACGUGCACCGUGAGGACACUGUCUCCCGGGAUUGCAAUGCUACCACAAUCACUAUGAUGCAAACUUGAAUCCUAUUGGCUUGCCUGCCUUCCCCAUUCCACUGUAGUAAGGCUUUUAAACUUAGCUGCUGGACUUCUAGACUGUGCCAAUAAAUGUGCUGUUUUGCCUUUUUAUCUUUCAGUUUAAAAAAUGUGCUUUAUGUUCCUGGUUUUACUGAAUGUACUUUAAAUGCAGACAGAUCUGGCUUUUUGAUACUGAUCUGAGAGUAAACUUUCACUGUAUAUAAAUAUUGGAGAAGCAGCAAAAUCAAAGGAGAUUAAAUGAAUUGCACUUUU